AUGGCGGCGGCGGCGGCAGUACAGCACCGCAGUGGACCCGCCGGGGAGGGUCAAUGCAGCACAGUGCCAGCUCUGCCCCUGGACCAACUCCAGAUCACCCGCAAGGACCUGAAGACAGGGAAGCUGAGGACCUCACCAGCGCUACACCCUGAGCAGAAAGCAGACUGGUAUCUUGCGUUAUACAAACCGCCCCCUAAAGACAACAUUCCCACCCUAGUGGAGGAGUACUUGGAACGCACCACCUUCGUAGCCAGUGACCUCGACUGGCUCCUGGCCCUGCCUCACGAUAAAUUCUGGUGCCAGGUUGUCUUCGACGAGACCCUGCAGAAGUGCCUGGACUCCUACCUGCACUGUGUCCCCCGAAAGUUCGACCAGCUCGUGGCCUCAGCCCCUGAGGUCGUUGACAUGGAGAAGCACCUCCACCGAAGUGUUUUUCUCGCCUUCCUUCGCGUGUCCACUCGCAAGGAAUCCAAAGAUCACUUCAUUUCCCCCUCUGCUUUUGGAUAAAUCCUCUACAACAACUUCCAGUUUGACAUCCCAAAGAUCCUGGACCUCUGUGUGCUCUUUGGAAAAGGCAACUCCCCGCUGCUGCAGAAGAUGAUAGGAAACAUCUUUAUCCAACAGCCAAGUUACUAUAAUGACCUGGAUGAAAGCAUGCCCACCAUCCUUCAGGUCUCCAGCAAUAUCCUCCAGCACUGUGGUUUGCAAGGGGACGGGGCCUGCACCACACCCCAGAAGCUUGAGGAGAGGGGCUGGCUGACCCCCAGCGACAUGCCUCUCCUGGAAUUAAAGGACAUCGUUCUCUACCUUUGUGAUACCUGCACCACACUCUGGGCCUUUCCGGAUAGCUUCCCUUUGGCUUGCCCAACCUUCCAGAAACACGACUUCUGUUACAGGCUAGCUUCCUUUUAUGAAAUAGCAAUUCCCGAACUGGAGUCUGCAAUUAAGAAGAGGAGGCUUGAAGAUAGCAAGCUGCUAGGUGACCUGUGGCAGAGGCUCUCUCAUUCCAGGAAGAAGCUACUGGAGAUUUUUCACAUCCUCCUGAAGCAGAUCUGCCUUCUCCCAGUCCUAGAAAGCAGCUGUGACAACGUUCAGGGCUUCACUGAAGAGUUCCUUCAGAUCUUCAGCUCCUUGCUGCAGGAGAAGAGGUUUCUCUGAGACUCUGAUGCACUCUUCCCUGUGGCCGAUGACGUCAGCCUGUUGCAGCAGUCCUCAGCCUUGGAUGAGUCUCGGACCGCCUACAACCUCCAGGCAGUCGAGAGUGCAUGGGAAGGGGUGGACCGAAGGAAAGCCACCGAUGCCAAAGACCCACCGGUGGCUGAGAAUCCUAACGGGGUCGUGGAGGCGGCAGAGGCGGUCAGCAGACCGUCAUCGCUUCCCCAGGACUCGGAGGAAGAGGAGUGCCUGGGGGCAGCGGCUGCUCCAGGCCCCGCCACGUGCGGCGUGGAGCUGGACUCACUCAUCUCCCAGGUGAAGGACCUGCUGCCAGACCUCGGCGAGGGCUUCAUCGUGGCCUGCCUGGAGCACUACAGCUAUGACGCGGCGCAGGUGAUGAACAACAUCCUGGAGGGGCGGCUGGCCCCUGCCCUCGGCCAGCUGGACCGCGGCCUAGACAGACAGGUGAAGCCAGACCCGGCGCCCCUGCUGACGUCUCGUCACAACAUCUCCCAGAAUGUUGAGUUGGACGUGUUCAGCAGGGACUCAGUGGACCUGAGCCGGGUACACAAGGGCAGGAGGAAGGCAGCGACAGGCCCUUCACCAUCCCUCAGGUGCGGAGAACCAAAGUGCACCAUCCCUCAGGUGCUGAGAACCAAAGAGGAGGACGAGGACCCCAAGCCCGACCAUCUUGUGCAGGACCCUGCAGUGCUGCGGGAAAAAGCAGAAGCCAGGUGCAUGGCCUUCCUGGUCAGGAAGGGGUACCGGCAUGACAGCUCAGCGGCAGUGGCUGGCAGCCCCCGGGGCCACGGGCAGAGCUGA